GUUGAGGAGCGUGUCAGUGUAGACUUGACACCAGGAGCGGAGCGACGCGCGUCUCUACAUCUGCUGUCUGGAGAACUUGGACUGACAGAGACAGAAUCUGCAUCAGGAUCUUUAAUCUCGCUUUGUAGCCCGGCAUGGACAUUUUACUGGACACCUGUGGACGGCGACGAGUCAGUUCUCUGCUGUUACUUUUCCUUUUUGUCGUGAAGGCUGCAGCCGACUGUCCUAAACCACCUUUAAGGGAAAAUAUGGUCCUCACCAACGAAGCCCUUCUACUGAAUGAGUUUCGAGAAGAUACCAAGGUUACUGUAGAGUGCCUUAAUGGAUAUGUUAUAGAAAGUGGCUCUGGGAUUAUGACCUGCAUUGAUGGGAGUUGGACUGAACCAGAUCUCAUCUGCAAAAAGUACGACUGUGGUCCCCCUAGACCUCAGCCGAACAUGAGCUUUAACACCAGCGCUGGUACUCUGUUUGGCGAUACAAUAAAAGUAGUUUGUGAUAAAGGUUUCAAGCUCAGUGGAUCAAGCUUCAAAAAGUGCUAUGCGUAUGGGUGGAGUGGAAAAGCCAACUGUAAAAUUGUAACAUGUGCUAAACCUGAUGAAGUAGCCAAUGGCAGAAGUUCCUGGGAUUCUCAAGAUAAACCAAAAUAUGGAGAAAGCAUACAGUACGUCUGUAAUAACGGAUACACCCUCAUUGGGAAAGAUAGCAUUACGUGCAGCGAAACUGGUAGAUACGAUACUCUGCCUCCUGAAUGCGAAGGUGUGACAACAGAAUCUGACAGAAUUACAACAGAAACAGUAACACCAACAUCUACACCUACAACAAAAGAAGCGUCCACUUCUACAGAUUCAUCUGCCACACCCACAACUCACAGAGCUAAAUCUGUCACAACCAGUGCAACACCUACUGCCUCACCUUCAGUACGAGGUGGCAGAGACAUUUUGACAGCUGAGGGUACAACCACUGUAACAUCAAUGACAUCAUCUUCAUUUCAAGACAAACGUGAUGAGGCUGUAGAUACUAACAAGCAUACUGGAUAUAUGCCUGUGGUAGUCAGUGUGAUAUGCGUUUCAUUUGUUGCGUGUAUAAUUGUACUCUUUUUACACAAGUUUCUUCUGACGAGAAAAGGCUCAUAUGACACCAGAGAAGACCUGAAGCCGGAGUUAUUACAGUUCCAAAACGUUUAGAUUGCCUGCCUGACUAAGCUCUGCAAAUGGAACCGUGCACGUCUAUUAAAGAACAUCUGUGACCCAGGAUGGGCGUGCCAGAAAACGAUGGGGGAAGAAAGAAAACUCCCUUUAAUGUUAUUGCACUUCAAAUGGCAGAUGGUCAAACCUGUAAAUGUAGGAUCAUUUAAAUCAAGCACUUUUUGUAAUGAUUUUUUUAUUGCCAUUUUGACAAUUGUAAAUAUGCCAUGCUAUUUUGUACAUUAUUUAUGUUAUAUACACUGGAAUAAACUCUUACAUAACAUUACAUCUUA